AUGGGCAAACUCGAAGAGGCAGCUCAAGCUUCUUCGGACCGUCUGCGUGCAUCGGAGAAGCGUGUGGAAGCGCUCAAAUCGUCCAUUGAGCUCAAGAUUGAACGGUGGUCCCAGAUGAACCAGGACUACCGCAAUCUGGAUACGCAGGCCUCUGAAUGUACGAAGCAGCUACAAGAUGAACUCGAGGCAAUGAGGAGCAACGGCUGGGACUCCAUCGCUGCUCACCGAAGGGAAGCCAAAGAGGAGAAGGACAAGCUCGAUCAGGCAAGACAAGAGCUCGAAGCGGCACACUCGGCGCUCGAGCAAGGCAGACGACAUAUGCAGAAGAUGUCGGCCCGCAUUGCCUCGGAAGAGGCAGUCUCCAGCAAGGUCUCGGCUUACUCUGAGGUGCUGCUCUACACUGGCAUCACUGUGCUAUUGCUCGCCGCGACUGCGAUUGCUUGCGUCUGGCUGGGUCCGAUGGCGCGGCAGAAGCUCAAUUCAUCCGGCGCUUCUGCGGCGUUUCAUGACCUCCAUCUCGACAACAUGGCAUUUACGUGA